GUCUGCAUGGUGUACUCCGAGGUGCCUAACUUCAGCGAACCCAACCCCGAGUACGUGGCGCAGCAGUCGCAGAGCAAAGGGGCCCAGAACGAGAGCGCCAGUCCGGCUGCUUCGCAGACCAGCCAGGGCCCCCCCGCGGCACCCCCAGCCCCCGACAGCCAGAACGGGAACGGGCUGAGCCCGGGGGGCCCGGUGCACCCCCCCAGCACCCCCACGCACCCCCCCAGCGGCCGCAUCACCCGCAGCCAGCCCGGCCACCCCAGCCCCACCGCCAGCCCCGUCAGCAACGGCAAGGAGACGCGGAGGAGCAGCAAGAGAUAA